AUGGUGGAUUAUUCGUUGUACUUUGUCACGGACCCAAACAUGGUCCCUUCAAACUCGACAUUCUUGGAUCAAAUUCGCAAAGCCGUCGAUAAUGGGGCUACUAUAGUGCAAUUGCGGGAGAAGGAUAUUCUGACUCGUGAUUUCAUUGACAGGGCUAAAAAGGUUCUUGAAAUCACAAAGCCGAAGAACAUUCCCUUGAUUAUCAACGAUAGAGUCGAUGUGGCUUUGGCAGUCGACGCUGAUGGUGUCCAUGUGGGCCAGGACGAUAUGCCUGCUACGGUUGCUAGAAAGCUUAUUGGGCCUGACAAGAUCUUGGGUGUAUCCUGUGGAAACCCCGAGGAAACAACUGAAGCCUGUGAGAGUGGUGUCGUUGACUACGUUGGCUUGGGCACUUUGUACCCCACAAAUACGAAGAAUGUCAAAAAUGUGUGCGGGCCAAUUGGAAUCAGGAAGUCGUUGAAGGUUCUUCGGGCCCACUCAAACAAAAAUGUCAAAUGUGUUGCGAUUGGUGGAAUCAACUCCACUAAUGCUAGCAAAGUGAUGUAUCAGUGCGCCAUUCCAGGCAGAGGUAUCGAUGGCGUUGCUGUGGUAUCGUGUAUCAUGGCUGCCCCGGAUGCAGCAGCAGCCACCCAAGAUCUCGUGAAAGAGCUCAGUUCUGAUGUGCCUUGGCUUGACAAAGAAGUUGUAAAAGGAGCCGCUUCUAAUAUGAAAGAUGCAUGGCAAGCUAUGUUGAAGCGGAAACCAUUAGUCCACCAUGUCACCAACAACGUUGUGAAGAACUUCAGCGCCAAUGUGACAUUGGCCGUCGGUGCUUCUCCUAUAAUGUCCGAGCUCGCUGAAGAGUUUCAUGAGUUUGCUUCUUCUCCUGCUCCUGUUGGUCUUGUAUUAAAUAUGGGCACCCCAUCGUCACAACUCAUGGAGGUCUUCCUAGAAGGUCUUCGCCAGUAUAACAAAUAUGGAAAGCCUGUAUUGUUUGACCCCGUUGCAGCUGGUGCAACUGCCGCUAGGUUACAGGCAUCCAGGGUUUUGCUCAAUGCCGGUCAUUUCUCCGUGAUCAAGGGUAACGUGGGAGAAAUCUCGGCUAUCGCAAAAUUGACAAGUUCCUACACCCCUACUUCGGAGAAGAAAACAAUGCAAGGAGUCGAUUCAAUUGCAAAAUUUGAUGAAGACGCAAUCAUAAGCUUGGGACACAACGUUGCCAGAGAGUUUCGAACUAUUGUUGUUAUCACCGGUCCUGAUGACUAUGUCUUUGACGGCACACUAUGGGAAACGACCGAAAACUUUGACAAAAUUUCAGGAGGCCAUGAAUUCAUGGGCUCUAUCACAGGCACGGGGUGCUCUUUAGGGAGCGUCAUAUGUGCUUUCCUUGCCGCCCGAGCAGAUGGUUUGGGCUCCUCCAACUACAGUGCGUUCAAAGCAGUUGUGUCCGCUGUAAAACUCUACAAACAAGCUGGUUUUAAAGCUGGAGAGGCUACCGAUGCUCCAGGAAGCUUCAUGAAGGAGUUCUUGGACCAACUAUACAAGUUGGUGCACGAAGGAUAA